ACAACAUGUUGGUGUCAGUGUUCAGUGUGGUGACGCUGGCGGCGGCGACGGUGGUGGCGGCGCCGCAGAAGGGCUACAGCUCCCAACAGGAAAGUGCCCCUUCCCUCGUCGAACCUUUGAGGGCUGUGGAAGCCACCCUUCAGGAACAAGUGGUUCUGCCGGAAUCAUCGAACCUCGUGCAUGACGACGAGCACCACCACCACGACCACCACGACCACGUGGGACUAGACUGGCUGCGCGACUCCGUGCCUGGCGAGCCCGGCGUCGAUUACCCAAUCUUCGGACAAGUCCCGAAGACUUCCUUCCGCUGCCGUGGCCGACAGCCAGGCUACUAUGCUGACACUGAAACCAGGUGCCAGGUGUUCCACAUCUGCAACGCCCGCGGCGGCCAAGGCUUCCUCUGCCCCAACGGCACCAUUUUCGACCAGCAGCACUUCACUUGCAAGUGGUGGUUUACCGUCAACUGCGAAGACUCUGAGGGAUUCUUUGACCUGAACAACAACAUCGGCUCUGCUGCUGAGACGCAGGGAACUCAGGUUAUUGGAGAAGGUUUUGGCCAAAAGACGGAGCAGCCCCAGGGAACUCAACAAGUCCAACAGACUGAGCAAUUCCAGCCAGAAAUCCAGCAGGUUCAGGGAGGCCAGGCCGUCCAGGAAACCCAAGAGGAAGAGCGUCCAAUUCUUCUGCCAGAUCAGAUCCCCACUCGUGAUGAAGGUAUUCUCCAAGUUAUCCAGCCAGUUCCCCAGGAAUCUGGCACCGUUUCCGUACAGCAACCCCAAGAAGUUCUUAUUAGCCAAGUUCCUCAGGAAGAAAAUACCAUCCACAAUGUCCAAGAAAUUUCCUCAGGAACCAUUACUGCUGAGAUUGAAGACUCGACAAUUCGACAAGUUAUUAACCAGUUGCUACCUGAUCAAAAGGACACGCAGAAUACACCCAGCACUUCACAGGAAGCACAAAAUAAACUCGAUGCUGCCCUUGAGAAACCAGCAGCAUGUGGCCAGGGAUCUGCAGACUGCGUAGCCAGGCCGAGUGAGGGAGUGUCUCAACUAUAUGACGUUUCCACCACUAACACAGGAGAGUCUGUCUCUGAGCACAACCUUCCCCAGGAGCCUCAUGCUACUGAAGGUCGCGCCGAAGAAGAAAAUCAAGGUCUUAUCGUCCCUGGAAUAUCACAGCUCAGUUAUGACAACAAGGCCAUUGUACAAGAUCACCAGGUAAGGGACAGUGAAGUUAAAAAUGAAAUCGCAUCCCCAGAACUCUCGGCUGCGCCAAGGUAUGAUGACACACCUGAGACCAUCGUCCAUAUUUCUCAAAUAGUAACUUCUAUUCAAGAAGAGAAGAUGCCUCCCACACAAGAGAACCAACUGCAUCAAAAUGAUGAGCAAUUGAUUGCCCAGGGACUGUUCCCAGUUCAGACUGAUGAACAACAGGCUGCCAUUCAAGGAGAGCAGGUCUUUGAUGAACAAGGCACAGGACAGAUCUUCACCCAGGAACCGGUCUCUAGCUUGCAAGAAGACUCGGAUCUGGAGAAAAUACAGUUCCCAGCUCAAGAAGAAGAGCAGGUCACCACUCAGACUGCUAUUACUGAAGAAGAGAGUCCCAUCCAGCUUGGGGAACAAGGCGGAGAUCAACUCUCCAUUCAAGAGGAGGAGCAGCAUCUUAGCCAGGAAGGCGAGUACCAUGCGAAAGUACAAGAGUACGUCCCUCUCCAGGACGAAUACCUUGCUUCAGCCGUGGAGGCUCGAACAGGCAAUGAACAAAUCUACCCCCUUCAGUGGCGAAUUCGUGUUCCCAUGCCGUCAGAGGAAGGGUCUCCUGUGCAAGGUGAAGGCCAAUUUGCUGUCAACCAGGAAGAAGGAAAUACAAUCCAGGUAGAGGAAGAACCCACUACCCCAGCUGUUCCUCUUCAGGAUGAAGAACAAUUUGUGGAAAAUUUCGAAGAACAAUUCCCUACCCUAGAAGAGGAGGCUUCCGAUGUACAGUCGCAUACUGGAGAACAGAAUCCUGUUUACAACGAAGAAUACAUCCCUGCUUAUGGACAUGAACAGAUCUUCACUCCCACUGGAGAACAAUUUCCCACCGAAAGAGAAGAGCAUUUCUCCGUCCACACAAUUGAAGUUCUCCCAGUUGAUGAUGGAAAUGGACAUUUCUCUGUAACGACUGUCUUCCCUGAACAGCUAGAUGAUGAAUCUACAGGCUUCCCUGUUCCAGGCGAGGGCUUCCCUGUUCAGGAAGAGGAAGUUCAUGGCUAUGGAAUCGAAACUUCUGAUGUGCCAAAUAUUCCCCCAACGAAAGUACCAUCAACAUUCAUCAUUGAAAUACCAUCCGAAGUAUUUGAAGCUCCUGCUGAAGUAGCAGCCCAAGGUACAUUUGGUGUGGCUCAGACAGAUCUUCCUCCAGGUUAUAUGGGAGAACAAGAAACUUCAAGUCAGCCUGAAGUCGCACAAAAGGAAUACACAGAAGAUUAUUUCAAUCAAGCUGUGACUUCGUUUUAUGGUCUGCAAGAAAAAGAUGAGACAACUGUUUCUCCAACUGACUUGGAACAUGACCAGGUCCCUGAGGCUGUCCAGCCUUUGUGCAACAGCAUUUCAUGUCCAAGCCAAGACCAGGAAUAUAGUUAUGGAAUUGUAGAUGAAGUCUCUCCACAGACUCCACCCUUUACUCAGGAUCUAAGUGUUGAAAAGUUUGACAACACGCAGGUCCAGGAUUCUACAGGCCUUGUUGAAGAGGAAGAUUAUUCCAAUGAAUCAUCAGAAGAGAUCUAUGGAGGGAGUGAUAAUCAGACAACAGUGGCCCCUGAAGACAGUGAACAGAACGAGGUUUUCCAGGUAGACAUCCGCCAUGAAAGUCCUGUAACUUUCAGUGGGGAAGGAGACUUUCAAGAACCAGAAGUGAGUAUCAUCCACCAGAUUCCACAACUCUAUGAAGCUCCUGAGACAGCCUUUGUAACAGAGGAAGCUGUGACUGCAUUCGAGACUGGCACAGAGAUAGUGACUGAAGUGCCAGAGCAAGAUGAUGUUCAGCUAAAACUCCAUGAAGGUAGCCUGGAGAUAGAUUCCUCAUUGUACAUCAUCCCUGAUGUACACCCUGAGGUCUUGAGCAGCAGCAGCGACCCUGUAGAUCCUGUGGUGUCCCUGAUUCAGAGGGGAGAGAAUGAUCGUCGCCAAAAUGCAAGCAGUAAUACUACACAUGGAGUAUCAACUUCAGACCAAGGACCUGCUGAAGAUGCCACACAGCCUACCUUCCUUCAGGAUGAGUACACUACUAUCCUUCCUGACACCCGGGAAGAUGUUACUCCCACUCCCUAUGAUGAAGACACCACCUCCAUUCCCACUGAAGGGGAAGAUACUACAUUCCUUCUAGUAGCCAAAGAAGAUACAACACCCUUCCCAGCUGAUGUAGAAGAAACUACAGCCUUCCAAACUGGCCUCCAUGACAUUACCGACAUCCCUUUCAAUCAAGUUGAUGAGGCAAGAAUUCCACUCUCAGCUCAAGGGGACCACGAUACUGAAGGUCUCAUUGCUCCCGACGUCCACGCAAACACAGGUGAAUUCAACAAAGAUCAAGACACUGGAUAUCCACACACUAAUUAUCAUCAGGAGUCACAGGCACCUGAAAUCACUUACUAUGAGGCAUCUCAGGACCAGGCCUCGGAUUCAUUCCCACAGACACCACAGGAAGCAGUCACUUUUGAACAGGAAACAGUUGCUUAUGGGCAGACACCACAAGAACCAGUAUUUGAAGAAGGACUACAAGAAAACCAGGAACCAGUCACUCUUGGAGAAGGGUCAGUUACUUUCGAACAGACUCCACACGAACCUGUCACUUUUGAACAAAGACCACAAGAUGUCACUUUCGAACAAGUACCGCAGGAGCUAGCGACUUUUGACGAGGUUACUUCUGAACAAUUACCACAGAGACCAGUAACUUUUGAACAUGAGUCACAAAACACAGUCACUUAUGACCAGGAACCACAGGAACCAGUCACUCUUGACCAAGUACCACAGGAACCAAUCACAUUUGACCAGGGACCACAGGGAACUGUCAUUUUCGAACAGGGGCCACAAGAACCAGUCACUUUUGAACAAGGACCCCAAGAACCAGUCAUUUUGGAGCAAGGGCCACAGGAAACCAUACCUUUUGAACAGAAUCCACUGGCACCAACAUCCUUUGAACAAGGAACCGUCGUUUCAGAACAAGAACCAGCUAUUUUUGAACAGGGAACUGUUACAUUUGAACAGGCACCACGGGAACCAGUGACAUUUGAGGAAAGACCCGAGGUGCCAUUCACUCUCGACCAAACCCCACAAAGCCCCUUCUCGCCCGACCAGCCUGCGCAGGAACCCUUCUCCUUCGAGCAGACAUUCCCAGAAUCACACACUUUCCAGCAGACUUCCCAGGACUUCCCCCGCGCCCCCCCUCUCCUCGGCCUGUACCUUCCCCCUCACGCCUAAAAACAGUUCCUAAAGUUGUUUUCAGUAAGAGCUUCGUAGUCAGGGGUUUUUCAUGAUGCCUAUAUUUAUUUGUAACGGUAGGUGGGUGGAAGUACAUGGUAUUGCUCAAUAAGUGUCAUUUGUGAGUCUCCGGUCUCACCUGUGUGUCUGCGUGUGCGUGCGUUCGUGUGUGCUGAAAGCUAUGCACCGUCAAACGGAAUUUUGCUUUUGUUGUGCCUGUGAGGUAUUUUUCCCUUGCUUGGACCUUCGGCUACAGUCCGGCAACCAAAGGAUGGAUGGCGAUGCAUUGUCUUAUGUAAUAAAUUUUGUACGGUGAA